GCUGACUUUUUCCAUGGCAGUGUAGCCGAGUGGCUAGCGUGUCAAGCUACCGUCCUGCACUGUCGCGGUUCGAAUCCCGCUGAGCUCAAGGGUACUCGUGGCAGUGUAACCGAGUGGUUAGCGUGUCAAGCUACCGUCCUGAGCAGUGUAGCUGAGUGGUUAGCGUGUCAAGCUACCGUCCUGCACUGUCGCGGUUCGAAUCCCGCUGAGGGGGUGUAG